UAGACACUGUAACAGUGUUUCAUCCCACAACAAGAGGACUCGACUCUAAACACACUCUGAAGAUGCUGUGCUCUCAUGGAUUCCAGUCUGCCCUCAGUCCAUUCAGCUUCUACUGGCCUGUACGCAGUCUGUGGCCAGAGGUCACACCUCUGCUCUACCAGCAGGAUCGACUGCAGAGAAACCUACAGGAGCUGUGCAGCAGUCUGGAGCUGAUGGAAAAACUUCAACACAACAUCCUGGAGGAGACGAAGCCUUUCCAAAGCAAUGUGGCCGUGCAGCCAGUCUCCUACCAGCUGGAGAAAGAGGGAAAGCACUUUAACCUGACUCUGGACACUCAAGGCUUUUCCCCAGAGGAGCUGUCUGUCAGGCAGGUGGGCAGGAAGCUGAGAGUCAGUGGGAAGACAGAGAAGAAACAGGAGGACGGGAAGGGCUCCUACUCUUACAGACUCCAGGAGUUCAGACAGGAGUUUGAUCUGCCUGAAGAACUGAACCCUGAAGCCGUCACCUGCUGCCUGGCUCCAGACGGGAAGCUCCACAUCCAGGCAGCCAGAGCUCCAUGUGCUGAGGAGGCUGAGAGAGAGCUGACUAUCAAGAGGAGCCUGGAGGACAAAACACAGCAGAGUGUGUGUUCACACACAGAGGACAGCAGCACAGAGACACACAACAGCACACAGGACAAACCUGAACACAUGGACUGAUCAGUGUUGUUGUGCCAAUACAUACAAAUGUUUUGUGUUAAGUGUAUUUUUAAGUGUAACCAAUAAAUGUAUUGAA